AUGUCUGAAUCUGGGGAGGUUAUCGUUGAAACUUUUGAGGAGCUUGCUAUUAUAAAUCUUGAGGAAAAACUUGGUCCCCCUGUUUUCCACCUCCUGUCCUCCGGCGAGAAGCCGUUGUCAUUCCGCGUGGUCUGCGUCUGCGCUGAUGCUUCUAGGGUUGGUGCCGCCGUCUUCUCGUCAGAGACGUGGGAUUGGGCUGUCAACCCGUGGGUGGAAAUCGGUGAAAACAACAGCCUAAAGUACAAGACCAACACGAUGGUGGGUGGCUCCGUUUACUGGCCUUACGACGGCGAAGCACGCAUGGUAAAGAUCGACACCACGGCGUCCAUGGAUAUCACCACUGUGGGUCUGCCCGCUCAAGCGAAGGUGGAGUGGCACAGCUGUAAGGCUGGGGAGACCAAGGAUGGUGGAAUCUGUAUUGUUCACGCAUCUGCUGAUUUCCUCCUCCAGGUUUGGACCUGUAAUGUGGAUGGUGAUGGGAUUCAGAGCUGGAUACCGCAGAAGCGUUCCGUUUCCCCUCUUACGUUCCCCGCUUCGUCAAGCCUCUCGUACGACCCCCUCACCCCCCGAUUUUCUUUCCCCCGUCCCAGUCCCACCUCUCGUACGACCCACUCGAUUUUCUUUCCCCCUCUGGCCUGCUCCUCAUGCCGGCGUCCGGCGCCACCGCUACCAACCUCCAGCCGUCGUCCAAAACAACAGCACCAUGGAUCCCGAUGUGGAGCUCCACUGCAGCCCGAUCUGACCUGGGAGCGACCAGAUCCGUGCGUCUCCGCCUCGCUCCGCGUGCCUCCAUGGUCCGCCGUCUUCCCGAGCGCCGGCGCCCCGCGACCAGAUCCGUGCGUCUCCGCCUCGCUCCGCGCGCCUCCAUGGUCCGCCGUCUUCCCGAGCGCCGGCGCUGCGCUCAGCCGCCGCCAUCCCAUGCCAUGGUCGCCUCCCUCCAGAACGACGUGCCGUGGUCGCUUCCCUGCCUCUCCCGCAAGUGGGCCUUUGGGUUUCUUUGCUUUUUUUCAGGACACUAGGUGCCAGGUUGGAGAUUUGGGAUCGGAUGCGCCAAUAACAAGGGACCAAGGUGAUGAACUAACGGCACGGGCAGAAUGAUUCUUCAG